GAGCGCGUCCUUCCCCUGCCCGCCGGCUCAACAGGGAGCGGCGGCCGCGGCGGCUCCUCCUGGGACUGCGGGCCCGGCGUGUCUUCGCCCUCGAGGCCGCCAGCGCCGUGCGGGGGCACGCGAGCUGCCCUGCGUGGGUCCUGUGCCGGUGCGUGUCGUGGGUGCUUCCCCGUGUCCUGCCGCUCCUGCCGGCGGCCUGGCUGCGGCCUGUUAGGCUGCGAGGCUGCAUACAGUAGGAGAAAAGUGCUACAGAACACGGCUACUUUGGACUGAAUUCUGUGGAAGAGCUGAGUAUGAUUAAGGAACGUGAGACUAUAUGCAGGGAAUCUCAGUGGGAUAGUCUGAAGCUCAAACAAGCAAUAGUUGCUGCUCCUAGAAACGUGAGCAUUUAGCCCUUAUUGGAAGAUUUAACACCAGAUCAAUCACAUCAGUUAAGAACAUUAUCCUCUCCAGAGGUCAAAGAGUCCACAUAAGCCUGUCAUGAAUAUAAAUAAAAAUAUUCCUAAUUAAUUCAUUGGGUGUUCUGAAGUUCACAGAAAGUGAGGGUAUCUUCUGAAGUAAGAGACAUGAAAAAACAAACUCCUGAUCUCAGGGUGAUGACUCAAAGAAAUAAAUCUGUAGAAGAAGACAGUGCUGACAAAAAUGGGAGAAGUGGCUCUGAAAAAGUUCACAGAGAAAAUGCCACUUGUAGUAAUGAAAGAACAAUUGUAAAACUGCCGGUAAUUGCCUCAUUUGCAGGUACCACUAAAAAAAUUGUAAUGGUCAAGCACCCAGCACAUCCUCACAAGCCAAGUUACUGCAGGUCUAAUUUUCAUGUUAAUAGCUCCCCUAUCUCAUUAGAAACCACAAAAGGUGUUACUAAAGUACAGGAUACAGUGCAUAUGCUACAGAUGGAUCCCCAGAAUUUAAAAAAAGACAAAACUGAAGAAACAGAUACCGCGAUUAAAGAUGGUGGUGUAUUUAGCUGUACAGGUACUGAUACAAAUACAAGUAAAAACAUUUCAAGAAAGGGAAGAAUAACUGCGGAAAGCUGUAAGAAGAGAAGUAGAGUGAUUUCAAAAGCAAAUCAACAAGAUUUAGACUUUGAUUCAGGAAGAGUGCUGAGACAAGGAAGCAAGCAGCCAAGUGUGAGGUCUGCUCGAGAACGGUUGGAAGAGGCAAGAGAUGUGACUGGACCAGACACUCCAAAAAUAUACAAGAACUUCCAGCAGAGCAAACCUGAAGAGCCUACUUCCACACCAGCAUUGCCUAUGAAAGUGGUUGCAAGGUCUGUUGAUGAAAUAAUUGCUUCCCUGCGGUCUGCUUCUCCAUCUCCCUCAGACCAGACGAUCAAAGCACUCCUGGAGGGUGUUCUUGGCCAGAACUACAAUAUAAAAAUGGAAAAAGAAUCUCAAGCAGCAGAAAAUGAAUCUUGGCCUAAAGGUGAGCUGUUAACACAUGAUAAACAGGUGAAGCAGGCUUUGUCCUUGGAUGUGCUACAGGUGGAAGGAAAAGCAAUAUCAAAAAUUAAGCCAGAUGAAGUUCAGAAGGAGCUACAAGAGGAACAUGACUUGCAACAGUCUUUGCCUCCUCAGGCUUCAAAUGUCAAAGGUCAAGAUUAUCCAGGCAUUCAUCAUUUAUGUACUGCUUUUCCUGGUUUUAUAUUGCCUCCUUAUUUACAACUGGUUUCUAGAAUUUAUCAUACUUUCGACAAACAAGGUCACAAUAUCUUACUUACAGCAGAGGACAUGGACAAUAAGGAGGAAGGACCAACGUGUUCCAAGUAUAUUAAUUUGAAAGUGCAAGCUGAAAAGAAAAGAAUUUGUUAUGAAGGAGUUCCUAUUUCAGAGCAAUUCCAGAAUAAUCGGACAGAUGGGAUUCACUUUCUUCCUCCUCAUACAUCAAAAAGUCUAAUUGAAUGCCAAAAAGUAACUGAAUAUUGUCUUAAAAAGCCACAAUUGCAACUAUUAGGAGAGAAAGUUUCCAUUUAUCCAGAAGCUUUAAAAAAGUUUUGGGGUCCGGCUCCUCCAAAAUUCUCUGCUCCAAUUUCUUCCUUGAAGGAAAUUUUAUUUCCUACAUAUGAGAGCAGUACUAUUGAGGAUAUUGUAUCUGAGGACUUUUUCACUGAUUAUAAAGAAGAAGAAGAGUUAGAAGUUGAGCAAGACGUUCACGAUUUCCGUGAUUAUAGACUGACCAAAAGUUUACUGAGAAGAUGCCAAUCCUUGCCUGAUUUUCCUGACAGUGAGAGCUCAGAGACGGGUUUCAUUAAAAGAUCAGUCUCAGCUCUGGAGAUGACAGCUUUCAAAGAUGAAAUUAUGUUAAAUUUAUCAGCUAAUUUCAAAACCAGCAUGAAAGAGUUGGAGGUUAUGAAGCAAUGGAUGGCUGAGCUAGAGGCUGAGAGAGAGAUCGGGAAAAGCUCCCCUACCAAGCAUCUAUUCAGUGACAUCUGUGAUGAUCCUCAGUCAAUGCAGACAGACAUACCAGUAGAAAAGAUGACUACACUGAGCGGACAAGAGGAUAGUGAGAAUGACAUUGUUCUUGUGGAGCGACUUCAAAAGGCUGGGAUUAAAUGUACUGUUUCGCCAAGAAGAAAGAAAACAAAGAAAUCAAAGAAAAUAAUAAACCCUAGAAAAUUAGAAGCUGUGAUUAAGAAAUUAAGUCAGCCUCCAAAGAUUCUUACAAGGUCUGUGUCUCUGGGAAGGCUUCCUAUUCAUGAUCAGUUCAGUAUCAAGGUGUCUUCAGCAGUCAAACAAUAUCAGAGCUCCAGUGUCCCUUGUUUGUUAGAUUUUGAAAAGUUUGCAAAAGCGAGGGGUGGAAUUCCAAAAGAAACUUGUGUUCGCAUGUGGGUCUGUGAAAUAUGGAACCGCUGGCUUUGUGAAACUUUCCCUUCUUGUGAGACUGCAGAAUUACCAAAACGAACUGAGUCAGUGGACUCUCAAGAAUCAAAUCUACAAAUAAAACUAAUUGACUCAAUACAACCUGUUCUUCUCGAAGGUGCAACAGUUAGUAUUGAAGAUUUAGAAAAAGAAAUAAGAAGGUUGACUGAGCUAAUAGAAAAGGAAGAGAAUCCUUCAGCUUUUCAUUACUGCAGACGUGGAGCAAUACAAAGAAAGUUAGGGAAGUUAAAGUCAGCUAUGGAUGACUUGGAAAAAGCUAUAAGCUUAGAACCAUUACUACUUGAUGCUUACUGGCAUAGGCAUUUGAUUUACCUCUUUCAAGACAGGAUUUCUGCUGCUUUAAAUGACCUGAAUUUUAUAACUAAAUGGAGCAAAAAUAAAGCAGAUACACACUUGUCAAUGGCCGAAAUUUACAGGAAACAGGGUAAUAAUGCUUUGGCAAUCAUCAGUUAUAACUCUGCAAUACGGUGCAGCCCUACAGAUGAUGACAUUUAUUUCAGACGAGCUGAGUUGUAUUUUGAGGAAAAUCAGUUGUUAUUGGCCAUGGAUGAUUAUGCCAAAUGUUUUCAGUAUAACCCAAAAAGAACAGAUGCGCUUAUGAAACAUGGAAUAUAUUUCUUUGACUGUUCAGUUUUUAUGAAAGCAAUUCAGGAUUUUACAGCUGUGAUCAAGGAAGACCCCACUAAUGCUCAGGCAAGGCUGUAUCGAGGAAGAGCGUAUGUUAAGCAGCGCCGGUAUAGAAACGCAAUGCAAGACUUAGCAGCAGCGAUUCAACUAGACCCUUCUUGUUGGUUAGCGUUCUACUAUAGAGGUUGCGUACUACGACAGACCGAUCCGAAAAGAGCUCUGCAGGACUUCAGUGUUUCUGUACUCAUCAAUGACACUAAGGAAAAUAUCUAUUCUUUUCUUCAUCGUGGCAUCGUUUACUCAGAACAGUGUCAAUGGUCACUUGCAAUCUGUGACUUUGAAAGUGUCCUCGCUUUGGACAGCUCUGUAAUCUUUGCUUACCUAAAUAUUGGUUUGAUACUCCUGUUGCAUCUUGAUCAAUACUAUGAAGCUAUUCAACAGUUUACUAAUGUCAUUGAAAUCGAUCCUCUCAAUGUUCGAGCCUAUGUAUGUAGAGCGCAAGCAUAUCAUAAGAAUCAUGAUUUGCCAAAUGCUGUGAAAGAUAUAAACCGAGCCAUUCAUCUUUAUCCGGAUAAAUCACAACUUUACAUAAUAAGGGGACAGUAUUUAGUGGAAUUGAAGAAAGAUGAGCUGGCAAGUUUAUGUAUUCAACAAUUUGCAGAAAUGGAUGAAGAAUCCUUUAUGUCUCAGCCUGUUCAGCAAGCACUCAUUCAGUCAUUUUGUCAAAAUCACGAUAAGGCCAUAGAGUGCUUAUAUGGAGCUACUGCAAUUAACCCUGAGCCUUCAGCAUUGGUGAUUUUAGGAAAAAUACAAAUGAAAGCAAAUAAAACUAAGGAUGCUGUGAGAAGUUUCAAAAAAGCUAUUAAUCUUCUGAUGAGUUCAGCAAAAAUUCUGCCUAAAACAUUUGAAAAUGCGGAAAUAUAUUAUCUCACAGGCCGGUGUUACAUGGAGCAAAAAAGUUUAUUAAGGGCCCGUGAUGCUUUUAGUAUGGCUAUCAGACUACAUUCACAUUACCCUGAUGCGUUUUAUCAGCGAGGGCUGUGUAGAAUGCAGCUCAGAAAAGCUAAGUGCAUCCAAGAUUUUAAUCGAGCACUUGCCCUUUGUCCGUCACAUUUCCAGGCAUACAUGGCUCUUGCUACUUACUAUGGAAGUCAAGGUAGAUACUUUCAGGCAAUUCUGAAUUGCAGUGAGGCGAUCAAAAUUAUUCCUAACAGCGUGCAAGCUUAUUUUUACCGAGGAAUUCUAAAGUGUCAAAAUAAGACAUUUAAAGCUGCAAUUGAAGAUCUUUCAGAAGUUAUUGACCUCAAUGCAACCUGCAUUUUGGCAUAUUAUAACAGAGCUGUCUGUUAUCAUCAAAUAAAGGACUUCAGAAAGGCUUUGAAAGAUUAUGGAAUUAUUCUUCUGCUUGAACUGAGUGAGGAAAUAGCUUUUAAAGUGUUAAUUAAUCGUGGAGUACUCUACAUGGAACUUGGUGAUUAUGCUAAUGCAUGUGAGGACUUUAAAGGAGCAACAUUGCUUAGUCCAGAUGACAGCCAGAUCUUUCAAGCUCUUGGAAUCUGCUACUAUAGAAUACAUGAGUUUGAAGACGCUGUAAGAUCAUUUGACCAGGCUCUCAAACUAGAUCCUGUUUCUGUGGAUGCCUACAUUGGACGAGGAAAUUCGUACAUGGAAAAUGGAGAUGAGGAUGGUUGUAAACAAGCACAAAAAGAUUUCUUGAGAGCAAUUCACUUGAAUCCAAAGUGCAUAAAAGCCAGAGUUUGCUUAGCAUACAACUUGCAGGUCCUUAGAAAGUUUCAGAGAGCUUGGAACCAAUUUACAGUUGCCAUUUGCAUGGAUCCAAAAUGCCUUGCUGCAUAUGAUGGACGAGCUUCAGUCUGUCUUCAAAUGGGUGAAACUUUUGCUGCAUUUCUAGAUACAAAUGCUGCAUUAAAGCUUGCUACCACUGCUCCACUGCUAACAAAUCGGGGUUUCAUCAAUCAUUUAAUGGGACAUCUAACCUGUGCCAUGAAGGACUAUCAACAAGCGAUUUCUGUUGACCCCAACUAUGCAUUAGCCUAUUUUAAUGCAGCAAAUAUCUAUUUCCAGAAUCGACAGUUUUCACAGGCCUAUUGCUAUUAUUCCAAGGUAUUACAACUUGAACCAAGAAACGAGUCUGCUAUUAUGAAUCGUGCUGUUACAAAUACAUUACUAAACAAUACUGAAGAAGCAAAAGAAGACUUUGAGAAGGCAAUUUGUCUCUGCCCAUUCUCUGCAGCAGUGUAUUUUAACAGGGCCAAUUUCUAUAAUGGAUUAAAACAAUAUGAACUAGCUGAGAAAGACAUUUCUACAGCAUUGUCAAUUCAGCCUAAUGAUGCCUUGAUGUAUAAAUUUAGAGCUGAUAUUCGUGGUAAAUUGGGUUUCAAUAAAGAGGCUGUAGAAGACUACAAUCAAGCAGUCAGCAUUCAAGAUCAGAUUUAUUCCAUGUGAAAAGAAAACAGUUCUCAUACAACUUAUGUUCUAUUUACAGAUUUCUCAGACCUCUAAUUAAUAAAGAAGCCCAACAUGCAAGAAAAAUGUAUAACUUAUCUUCAUUGUCGUAUAUUCUACACACAUUUUAUUUGCCUAAAUAAUAUACUUAACUUGGUUGUGCAAAACUAGCCAAAGUUAUUUAAGAACAGAACGCUACAUUUAAUUUGAGUUGUAGAUUAUUUUUUUUGUUAGUGUCAAGAGACUGUGUUGUAUGCAAAAUGAAGGACAGAGAAGAGGCAAAAGACCCGAACCAUAAUGGUUAUGGAAGGAUAAAAGAGACUACACUCUCCCUUCCUGCCGAAUAUAAAUGCUUACAGUGAUGCUAAUUGUAUGUCAUGUGGGCCAUCUGGGAACUAGAAAUUCCAAGGCGGCUACCAAAUGCUUAUGAGUGCUAACUAGGUCUCACUUUCUUCCUGAUCUUUCUUCUAUAUACCUCUUAAUAAGAUUUCCUAUUCCCUGCUACUCACAACCAUUGUGCCAGGUCCAUCUGUUGCAGUGUAUGAGAACUACUCUGAGAACUGAAAUUUCAGAAGGGCAUGAUUCAGUUUGUGAGUAAAAAGUUGAGGUUACUUACUUCCACUAAAAUAGAUUACACUGUGCCAGCUUGAAGAUGCAGGUAAAAAUGCAUAAAUAAUAGAUCAUACUUUUGUGUUCUGAGCUAUAAGAAUUGGGUUUAAGAACGGGCUCUCACCUAAACAUGGAGACUAAAAUGUGAAUCUGUGCGACUAACAUUUAAAAAUUGUCAGGCCCUACCAAUGUACUAAAUUAAACCCCAAGUGUGGCAAAGUAUGGUGAAGAUAGCAAAAGGAUGAAGCAAAACAGAUGUCUUUGUCUCAGAAAAGAGAAAUAGAAGGAAUCUUAAGGUCUUACUCAGCGUGCAAGCAGUCCUGUGGUUUGAGACAGUGAGAAGAUUUCUAAAGGCACAAGUGGCACUUCAAUGCAGUAUACCGGUGUUAUGAGAAUUGCGUGUGUAAUUUCAGUUUACCUUGGAUGUAAAUGGCUAUCAAUUUUCCUCUUGAAAAAAGAGAAAAGGAAAAGAUGAGAGGGGCCUUCACAAAACAAUAGACCUAACACACAUUGAUGUGUGCCUGUAAUUACCAAAUGUUCUGUAUAUGGAAUAAUCCCUAGGUAGUAGAGAACAAUCCAGAAUAGAAUCAAAAUUAAAUAAUCUAAUUUAUAUAAAAUUAGUGUUAAAGAAUUACAUUGGUCCAUUUAACUUCACAACUGACCUUUAUUGGCACUCCUAGAGUUAAAUGUUUGUUUUGUUUUGUUUCAUUUGUGUGCUAUUGAGAUGAAAGUAAAAAUGUUUUUAUUGCUUUGUCCCAAAGAACUGCAUUUUAUUUUCUCUGAGUACUUAACACAUUGAUAUAUGCUAUUUCUGUAAAAUAUCGGUUGUUGCAUACCUGUGCAGUGUAUGUUUAACCAAUGUGAUAGACAGUGACUUGAAUUUUAGCUUUUUUCUGGUAUUUAAGUUUUUGCUUUUGUAUUAUCGCAUUACAUUGUAAGAAUUCCUAUGCUUGUCACACUUACGAUAUUUGGGCUGAAAAAAGGUACAGUGGAAAGGAAACCCAGAGUAUCACAGCUAAAGGCAAUUAACUCAGUAAAGCAUUUGACUCCAUCUCUACUCUCCUUGACUAUGCCCUUAUCUUGUUCUGUAAUAUCUAGUACAACCAGACUUCGCACUUGCAAGGUCUGUGAUGAUGAGGUUGACCAGAAUUGGUGCAUCACAGUUAGCAUAUAAAAGCUAGAACAAGUUCAAAAAAAUUCUGUAUUUAAUUUUUGUUUAUUAAUGGUUUGUGUCUCUGAUGUUUAAAAGUGAAUGUUUAUAGAUAUAAACAAUAAAUUAAAAUAUUUCUAGA